CAACAUCAGGAAGUGUUUGUGUGGUUUGAAACGCUAAGUGUUUCAGUGUAUGUUUUAUGGUGUGUGAGAGCAAACCAGAGAAAGAUGUCUGGAACACGGUCCCUCUGCUGCCAUGUCAACACAGCCACCCGAGUCUCUGCUGUCUUCUACUUGGUGUAUAAUCUGCUGGUAGCUGUGGAUAUGACGGUUGGAUUAAUCCGAGGGAAAGAUCCCAUUACUGUCUCCUACACUGAAAUGAAACAUACCCAUGGCAAUAAUAUCUUUGAAAUUAGUACUAACUUCAUUUCAUUGGCUCUGAUGUCUUUCUCGAGUGUGCUGGUUAUGCUGUCUCACCUUAAGGGCCCAAUGUGUGUGAUGCCGUUUCUGCUGUUCAUGUUUCUUGAUGUGGCUUUGAGUCUCCUCUCCCUGUUUGAUGCUCGGUUUGGACUUCCUGGCACUCCAACAUACGGAGACGCUCUACGGCUGGCGUCAAACAUAAAAGGCAGGAGCAAGUUGGAGGGAGAGGAGCUGAACCAUAUCACCUUGAUAUUUGGAGUAUUCUUCGUGAUGUACAUACUGCUGAAGGUGUACAUGUUCCAGGUGUCCAUUCGCUGUUAUAAUGCACUGAAGGAAAAGUGUAACCCAGCAGCUGAGAGCUCUCUGAUGGUGAAACUGCCCUCCUAUGAUGAGGCUCUGAAGAUGAAAUCUGAUGCCAUGCCUCCUAAAUAUCAGGAGCCAUAAGGCACAAAGCAAGCACACAAGCAUUUCUUGUGCUCUUUUUCUCUGCAGAAGCACACUCAGAUGCCAGCAACAUACAUAACGCAUACUCACUGAUACAAAGCUUAAUAUGCAUAAGCCUGCUUUCACACCUUUUGUUACAUGCUGACCAUAAAUAUCAGUAUUAUUACCAUUUAUAUUGCCACUGCCAUUAACAACAGUAUAUUUUGAGGAUAUUAAUUUUAUUUUUACUGUUUCAAACAAAUUCUGUUGUUUUUGCAAUUUCCAUCAACACAAUAUCCUGAAUGUGUAUCCCACCAAUGCACAAGAUAAAUAAACAUAGAGAAUGUAAUAAAUAUAUUAGUAAUUAAAACAUAAACAAUAUAAUGUUGAAAGACUGAAGAAAGUUGUCAAACUAUUGAACUACAAUUCCAGAUUUGGUUCAUUUUAAGCUAAAGCAAUUUUUGUUGUAUGUUUUUGAAAAUGUGUCCAAGUUAAACAGAUUAGACGUAGAGGUGAUGAAUGGAAAGGCAUGAUUAUAAAAAAAUAAACAUAAUCAUUUAAAAUGUUA